AUAUUGUAGUAAUAUACUGGUGGGGCGGCGUGGCCUCCCGCCACACCUCAAGUAAGCUGUACCGAGUAGUCUGAUUUUAGCUCUCUGAUUGGUCUGUGAUGUAAUAACAGUAGUCUGUGAUUUCUGUGUUUUUCUGUAAUUGUAAUUGUGGCUGUGAGCGUAAUGUGGUUCUAUAAUGAUUUUGUAAUAAUAAUUAAAGUGCUAAAUUAAAUCUGUGAUAAUCUGUGAUCUUUACUUAUUUUAUUUUGUAUUAGACCAUCCUACAAAUUCAGAAGUGGGAUUCGCGUGUAAAACUGGUAAAUUGACGAGACUUAUAUGAAAAUAUUUUUUUUCUCUUAAAUCUCUAUUAAUUGAGUGAUUGAAUUCAAAUUAAGUAAUUGAAUAAUUAAUUUACAAUUGUGCGAAGUGCGGCCGAUGAGGUUACGUAACGGUACGGUUUUUCCGCUGGACACAUCAAACGUCAACAUGGAUGAAACCGGUUCCGAUAAUCGGCCACCAUCACUAGUUCGAUCUAAUUGUCCAACGUACGGUGAAAGUGAUGCAACUGUCGCACACUCGAAUAAUUAUAACGGUACCACGCCUGCAUCGAAUUUACCGCCUCGAUCUGAUAACACGAGUGCGUUUGAUUAUCAACAAGUUUUAUCACCACAUCCAGCCAACUCCAAUAUUGAUAUAAACAACACAUUGCUUACUCUUUUGGAACAAAACCGAUUAUUAAUUAAUCAUUUGCUAGAACGAGAUGCUUCAUCAGCGAAUGGAUCAGUUUCUACUGCUUCUUCGAAUAGCGCAAGUUCAGAUUCAUAUUAUGUCAUGCCAAAUUUUCAUAACACACUGCCUGUUUUUUUGGGACAAGAAAAUAAAAUUGAAGCAGCUGAUUGGCUUCAAUCAAUAAAAACCGUUUCCAAACUUCAUCGAUGGCCAGACACGUUCAAGUUAGAAACGGCGUUUUCUAAAAUUGACGGUCCGGCUAAACAUUGGAUUCAAGGGAGGAACUUCAAUUCAUGGGACGAAUUUGAGCAAAAAUUUAAAGCAACUUUUAUUGGUCCAGAAUUAUCUAUGAUUGAACGGAUGAAACGAAUGACAAUUCGCGUUCAAAGUAAGAAUGAAUCACUUGUUGAAUAUUUUCACGAUAAAUGUAGAUUAUGUAGAGCUUUAAAAUUACCGUUCAAUGAAGCGCGAUUACAAAUAAUUGAAGGCCUGUAUUCAGAAGAUAUGUGUCACUACUUAUUGGCACGCAACCACAUUAAUGAAGAUGAACUAUUGUCGGACAUAAUGACAUACAACAGUGUAAUCACCUCUAGAGCUGCUCGCUUUGUACCAAAAUAUCAACAGAAUUCCAAGUCAGUUAAAGUAAACAAGCCUCAAAGUCAAAUCAGAUGUUAUCGGUGUAAUCAGUCAGGACAUUAUUCAUCAUCUUGUGAAAAUCCAGCUAGCUCAGGUUCCUGUUUUCGAUGUGGCUCACAGGAACAUCGUAUUCGUGAUUGUCCAAAACCUGCCCAUGAGAAACAUGUCUUUAAAACCAACAACCUGACAAAACAAAAUGAUGAUCAACCAAGCAGAUCAGCCAUGGUUCUUCAAACAACGCCUGAUAUGGAUUAGUGACAAAGGUCAAAGAGUACGUGGAAAACUGUUUAAAAUGUAUUGUGUUUUCUCCCAAAAGUGGCAAAAUCGAAGGAUUGUUAAAACUAGUUGAUAAGGGUGAUAAACCUUUUCACACAUUACAUAUUGAUCAUUAUGGACCUCUCGGUGCCACUAAAGGUCACCCAAAUGCCACUAAAAUCUGUAUAUGACUUAAGGAACAUCAAACCUUGGGUAAAAUUGUAAUGUCUUUUAUUUUAUUAUUUUAUGUUACUAUGUUAUUGUACGAUUGAAAAUCAAAUGAAUGUAAAUAUAGAUGUAAUGUAUAAGUUUUAUGAUAGUAAUAUUAUUGAUAUAUAUUUGUAUCUGGAUUUGAAUUUUUUUUUUUCUUUUGGUUGUUCAUACAUAAUUAUUGCAAAUUAUUUUAAUUUUAAUGUUGUAAUUCAUUAUUAUCAUUCAUAUUAUUAUAUUUAUUUUUUUUAUGUUCACUGAGGAGUGGGGUCCACUCCUUAGUCAGAAUGGCCGAACUGUAGUAAUAUACUGGUGGGGCGGCGUGGCCUCCCGCCACACCUCAAGUAAGCUGUACCGAGUAGUCUGAUUUUAGCUCUCUGAUUGGUCUGUGAUGUAAUAACAGUAGUCUGUGAUUUCUGUGUUUUUCUGUAAUUGUAAUUGUGGCUGUGAACGUAAUGUGGUUCUAUAAUGAUUUUCUAAUAAUA